ACGUCAGCGCCACGCUACGGUGACGUCAGAAGUGGGGCGGGCGACAGCUCCCGGCGCGCCCCGCGCAGAGCGGGGGGCGGGAGCGGCGGUGGCGUGGGGAGUGCUCCCGGCGCUGCUCUUCCAUCCCUGCAGACCUGCUCGCCGCGCCGCCGGGAUGUUUUCCAGGAAGAGCCACGCCGACGUCAGGAAAUCCACGCAGAAGGCGCUGGACCCCAAGCGGGACAUGCUGACUCGCCUGAAGCACCUCCGCGCGCUGCUGGAUAUUGUGGAUGGAAGUGACCUGAAGCAGUUUUUUGACAACAAUUAUUCUCAAAUUUAUUUUAUAUUCUAUGAAAACUUCACAACACUGGAAAACAGCUUGAAACAAAAAGGGAAUAAAUCACAAAGGGAGGAGCUGGACUCCAUUCUCUUUCUUUUUGAAAAAAUAUUGCAGCUGCUACCUGAGAGGAUUUUUUAUCGAUGGCAUUUUCGCAGUAUAGGGUCUGUUCUGAAGAAGCUUUUGCACACUGGAAAUUCUCUCAAGCUCAGGUGUGAAGGAAUCCGCCUAUUCUUGCUGUGGCUGCAAGCCCUGCAGACCAACUGUGGCGAGGAGCAGAUCCUGAUGUUUGCCUGCCUGGUGCCCGGCUUCCCCCCACUGCCGUCCCCUCAUGGGCCUUGCACGCUGGAGAGCCUGGUCAGCCCCCCAGCCGCGCCUGACGCCAAGAUUUUCCCAGAAGAAAUAACACCGCUUUUGCCAGCUGUCUCUGGAGAAAAAGUUGCAGAAGACCAGACCUGCUAUUUUCUCCAGCUCCUGUUAAAAUAUAUGGUAAUUCAGGCUGCCAGCUUGGAGUGGAAGAACAAGGAGAACCAAGACACUGGGUUUAAGUUUCUCUUUGCUUUGUUCAGAAGAUACUAUCUUCCUCACUUGUUCCCAUCUUUUACAAAGCUAACCAACCUCUACAAACCUGUGCUGGACAUCCCUGAUAUCAGACCAAGGCCAGUGUAUGUCACUGCAACACGGAACAAUGAGAGUGUCUACUGCACAAAAAUCCCCUACAUGGCAGCUCGAGUGGUUUUUAUCAAGUGGCUCGUUACCUUCUUCCUUGAGGAGAAGUAUUUAACUGCUGUUCAGAAUACAAAAAAUGGAGGAGAAGUGCUCCCUAAAAUUAUUCAGACAGUUGCCGUGAGCCAGGAGAAGAGUGUGGAGCCGGAGAGUGGCAUGGCGCCGGUGGGCGAGCAGGAGCACGGGCACUCCAACAGCAGCAGCCUGUCGGACAGGAGGCUCAGCAGCUGCAGCCUCUGCAGCGUGGAGGAGCAGCACCGUGGUGUCUAUGAGAUGGUGCAGGGCAUCCUCCUCUCCACACGUGGAUACGUCAACUUCGUCAACGAAGUGUUCCGCCAGGCUUUUUUGUUGCCGCCUUCUGAUAUAUCCGCAACACGGAAGGUGGUGAAGGUGUACCAGAAGUGGAUACUGCAGGAGAAACCCGUAUUCAUGGAGGAGCCAGACAAGAAGGAGGACAGCCAGGAUGCUGUUGUUCUCUUGGAAGACUCCUCAGUGCAAACAGACGGUAAACAUCUCUCCUUGGAGCCUUGUGGACACAAGCGCUCCUCCAGCUGGGGCAGGACCUACUCCUUCACCAGCGCCGUCAGCAGGGGUUGUGUGCUGGAAGAUGAGGACAGGGAUGUGAAGGCCGGUGCUCAGGCCGCGCUGCAGGUAUUCCUGACAAACUCAGCGAACGUUUUCCUGCUGGAGCCAUGCACUGAGGUCCCUGUGCUGCUGAAGGAGCAGGUGGAUGCUUGCAAAGCCGUUCUCAGCAUUUUCAGACGCAUGAUAAUGGAGCUGUCCAUGAACAGAAAGACGUGGGAACAGAUGCUGCAGAUACUCCUCAGAAUAACAGAAGCUGUGAUGCAGAAGCCAAAGGAGAACCAGACAAAGGAUACGUUUGCUCAGAGCAUGGCGGGGCUGCUGUUCCGAACCCUCAUUGUGGCUUGGAUCAGGGCGAACCUGAGUGUUUACAUCUCCCGGGAGCUGUGGGAUGAACUGCUCAGUGUCCUGUCUGCCCUGACGGACUGGGAGGAGCUCAUCAACGAGUGGGCCAACAUCAUGGACUCCCUUACAGCAGUGCUGGCCAGGACUGUGUACGGCGUGGAGAUGACAAACCUGCCCCUGGACAAGCUCAGUGAACAGAAGGAAAAAAAGCAGAGAGGCAAAGGUGGUCUUUUAGAGCCUCAGAAGACAGCUGUAGUAGGAAGAUCUUUUUCAUUAAGCUGGAAAAGUCACCCUGAAGUUGUGGAGCCAAUGAGAUUCAGAAGUGCCACAACCUCUGGGGCCCCAGGUGUGGAGAAGGCAAGAAACACUGUCCGUCAGAGAGCCACAGCAGAAGUUGAAGAAUCUCAACAGCUGGAAAAUUCAGAAGGAGCAGAAGCUGCAGGCCCAUUUGCAGACCAAGAGCAGCAGCUAACUCGAAGCAGCAGCACUUCAGAUAUUGCAGAUCAGAUUCCAUCUGACUUUUUUCAAGGUAAAAAGGCUGGAAAUUCAACUUCUCACUCCAAAUCUGUUCAGGAAAAUAAGGGAUGUGCAAAGGAACAUGAAGCUGAGCAAGUGUUAAUGCGGAGGAGCAGCAGUACAGCUGAGUUGGAUCUGAAAGCAGACUUGCAGCAAUCACACCGAUAUUACAGAGAGAGAGAGAAAAGUGAGAGCGUGAGCAGUGACACAUCCCUGGGCUGUGCGGCUGACGUGGACAUUGCGCUGGUGGCCUGGCAGACAGCUGAGGAUGACCCCGAGGCCGGCCUGGGCACGGGCAUGGAUCCUGCAGCGAAGGGCUGGCUCCAGCUCAGCCCUUCGCAGGAGCCCACCAACCUCACAGACAGCAGUGAGUUCCUGGCUGAUGACUGCAGUAUAAUUGCUGGUGGAAGCCUUAUUGGUUGGCAUCCUGAUUCUGCUGCUGUGCUGUGGAGGAGGAUCCUGGGAAUUCUUGGAGAUGUGAACAACAUACAGUCACCUAAAAUCCAUGCAAAAGUUUUUGGUUACCUUUAUGAACUGUGGUAUAAACUUGCAAAGAUCCGGGACAACCUCGCUAUCAGUGUGGACAAUCAGUCAACUCCCUCUCCUCCCAUCCUGAUCCCUCCUCUCAGGAUAUUUGCAUCAUGGCUGUUCAAGGCAGCCACACUGCCCAAUGAGUACAAGGAGGGGAAGCUGCAGGCGUUCCGGCUGCUAUGCACCAUGAUGAGCCGGCGCCAGGACCUGCUGCCCAACUCCGACUUCCUGGUGCACUUCUACUUUGUCCUGCACCUGGGGCUGACCAGCGAGGACCAGGACAUUCUAAACACCGUUAUAAAGCACUGCCCACCAUGGUUCUUCUUCCUGGGGCUGCCUGGCUUCACGAUGCUGAUCGGGGACUUCCUCAGGGCAGCGGCGCGCGUGCUGAGUGUGGACGUGCCGCAUGCUCCCCGCUCUGAAGCUCACACCAUCCUUGGUGCUCUUGUGUGCUUUCCAAACACCUACCAAGGAAUCCCACAGUUGGGACCCAUCUCAGAAGCCAGCAAGAGCAUCACAGGAACUGCAGAUCUGAAGUAUUGCCUCAUAAAUAUUUUAUUGAAGAAUGCUACAGAGGAGCCAAGUGAAGCUGCAAGAUGUAUAGCCAUCUGUGGCCUUGGUGUGUGGAUCUGUGAGGAGCUCACGCAGUGCACGAGCCACCCCCAUGUGAAGAAAGCCAUCAAUGUCAUAGGUGUGACACUGAAGUUUUCCAACAAGCUGGUAGCUCAGGUAGCCUGUGAUGUCCUUCAGCUGCUGGUGUCUUACUGGCAGAAGCUUCAGGAGUACGAAUCUUCCCUGUGCCGCAAAAUUACGGAAAUCCUGGUGGCCACCAUUGCUUUUCUCCUGCCCGGUGCCGAAUACUCCUCUGUGGAAGCAGAUAAGAAGUUCAUAGUUUCACUGCUGCUUUGCUUGCUGGACUGGUGCAUGGCACUGCCCAUGAAAAUGCUGCUGGAGCCUGUGUCUGCUGGUGCUGUGGAGGAUCAACAUGCAAGAGCUCCUUUGCUGGAUUAUAUUUACAGAGUCCUGCACUGCUGCGUCAACGGCUCCAGCACCUACAUGCAGCAAAGCCACUAUGUGCUGAGCCUGGCCGACCUCUCCUCCUCUGACUAUGACCCCUUCCUGCCACUGGGGAAUGUCAGGAGCUCCUCGAAGUCAGCCCAGUACCCCUCCUCCACCGAUCUGGGCAACCUGCUCACCGUGGCUGAAGAGAAGAGGAGGAGGAAUUUGGAACUUAUCCCUCUCACGGCACGGAUGGUCAUGACUCACCUGGUGAAUCACCUGAGCCACUAUCCACUCAGCGGGGGGCCCGCCAUCCUCCACAGCCUCCUGAGCGAGAACCACGACAAUUCUUAUGUGGAGUCCUCCGAGCUGUGCUCGGAAGUAUUCCGCAGCCCCAACUUGCAGCUGUUCGUGUUCAACGACAGCACUCUCAUCUCUUACCUCCAAAUCCCUGCUGAGAAGACAGGCACCGAGCCGGCAGUGGCGCCCUCGGACGUGCGGGUGAUCGUCAGGGAUAUCUCAGGGAAGUACUCCUGGGAUGGCCGGAUUCUCUACGGGCCUCUGGAGGGCUGCCAGCCAUGCUGCAGCACGGCCAGCGCCUUCGCCACCUCCAGUGACCCGCAGCAGCACAUCUUCUCCCAGAACGACUUCUCCCAGGUAGAGGAGGGAGAGGACGCUCUGGACCAGCUGCUGGAGAGGAUCGGGAGCAGCAGCCCCGAGUGCCUCCUGCACCCGCAGCGCAAGCUGAAUGAGCCAGCGCCGCCACCCUGUGGGAUGAGCGCUGAGCAGGAGUGCGCCAUUGCUGAGGCCCUGCUGCGGCAGAGCGCCCAGGAAAGGGAGUUCAUGCUGAAAUGCAGCUUGGACUGCAGCAUGAGGGUGGCCCGCCAGGAGCCACCGCCUCCUGCUGAACCCCAAGCCUCCUUUUAUUUCUGUCGGCUGCUGCUGGACGACUUGGGAAUGAACUCCUGGGAUAGAAGAAAAAGCUUUCAUCUGCUGAAGAAAAAUUCAAAGUUGCUGCGAGAACUAAAAAAUCUGGAUUCCCGCCAAUGUCGUGAGACUCACAAAAUCGCCGUGUUCUACAUCGCCAAGGGACAGGAGGACAAGUGUUCCAUCCUGGCCAAUGCUAGAGGAAGCCAGGCCUAUGAAGAUUUUGUUGCUGGGCUGGGCUGGGAGGUUGACCUGUCCACACAUGGUGGGUUUAUGGGUGGCCUGCAGCGCAAUGGCAGCACGGGGCAGACUGCACCCUACUACGCCACCUCCACCGUGGAGAUCAUCUUCCAUGUGUCCACCAGGAUGCCCUCUGACUCGGACGACUCACUGACCAAAAAGCUCCGUCACUUGGGAAAUGACGAGGUUCACAUCGUGUGGUCUGAGCACACCCGCAACUAUCGCAGGGGCAUCAUCCCCACCGACUUCGGGGAUGUCCUCAUUGUCAUCUACCCCAUGAAGAACCACAUGUUCUUCAUCGAGAUCAUGAAGAAACCCGAGGUGCCGUUUUUCGGUCCCCUCUUCGACGGCGCCAUUGUGACUGCAAAGCUGCUGCCGAGCCUGGUCUGUGCCACUUGCAUCAACGCCAGCAGAGCCGUCAAGUCCCUCAUCCCACUCUACCAGAGCUUGUAUCCUUUCUCCAUGGGGCAAGGCUCCCCUGGGUAGGGUUCUCACUUGGAGCAUCGUCCUGCCAAGAGAUUAGACUGUUAAUGCUCUCAGUACAGUAAUGGCCACAGGUAAGACCAAUGCUUCCCACAGGCCCCUUUGCUGCUGUGGUUCAUCACAAACAGCUCUCCUUCCCCUCCUCCUCCUUUGCUGCUUCUGCUCCAUGUUCAGCUCCACCUCCUGUGCUCCAUGUUUGCCUCACACCUCCUCUGCUCUGCCUCCCAUGCUCCAUGUGUGGUUCUGCCUCCUCUGCUUUGCAUGUGGUUCUGCCUCUCAUGCUCUGCGCGCAUCUCCUGCACCCCACACAUGGUUUUGCCUCUUGCCGUAAUGCCUCCCAUACACAGCAAUGCAUCCUACGAUCCGCGUACAGUAAUGUGUUACAUGCACAGUAUCAAUUCCCAUGAUCUGCAUACAGUAAAGCCUCUCGUACAUGCCGGGUAAUCCCUCCUGCCAUCUGUGUAUUGUGAAAACUCCUGCACGUGCCCGGUCAUGAUUCCUGCAAUCCCCAUAGGGUAAAGCCUCCCACCUUUGGUAAUGCCACCAGUAUAUGCCCAGUAAUGAUUCCCGCAAUCUGCAUGCAGUAAAGCAUCCCAUAUGUGCCUAGUAAUGCCUCCCGUGAUCUGCAUGCAGUAAUGCCCCCUUGUAUAUGCCCAGUAUACACUUCCUGUGAGCCACAUGCAGUAAUGCCUCCUGCGAUCCGUGUGCAGUAAAGACUCCCAUACAUGGUAAAUGAUUCUCAUUAUCUGCAUAUGGUUAAGCUCUCCUGUAUGUGCCUGGUAAUGAUUCUUGCAAUCCAUGCACAGUAAAAGCUCCUAUAUGUGCAAGGUUAUGCCUCCUGCAAUCUGUGCACGGUAAAGCCUCCCAUAUGCAGUAAUGAUUCCCAUGAUCUGCAUAUGGUGACAUCUCCUGCAACCUGCGUGCUGUAAAGCCUUCCAUCCUUGGCAAUGAUUCCUGCAAUCUGCAUGCCUUGCAUACGGAGUAAUGGUUCCCACGCUUGGCAUAUGGCAGUGCCUCCCGCAAUCCAUGUGCGUUAACGCUGCCCGCAAUUCGCAUGUGGUAAAGCCACCUCUCUCUCCCUGCCCAUCAUGUGUGGUAGUGAUUCCUGGUAAGGAGUCCCAUGAUCCGCAUACAGUAAUACCUCCCGUACAUGGUAAUGGUUACAGCUAUCUGCAUGCAGUAAUGCCACCCAUUAUCCAUGUACAGUAAAAAAAUGCUGUAUGUGCCAGGUAAUGCCUCCCACGAUCUGCAUAUGUUAAUGCUUACCUAUACAUGGUAGUGCCUCCCGCGAUCUGUGUACUGUGAAAACUCCUGUAUGUGCCCAGUCAUGAUUCCCAUGAUCUGCGUGUGGUAAAGCCUCCUGUCCCUGGCAAUGAUUACGGUGAUCCAUAUAGGGCAAAGUGACCCUGACAUGAUAAUGGUUCCCACAGUAUGCAUGCGCUAUUGCCCCCAUAUGUGCUCAGUAAUGGUUCCCAUGAUCUGCGUACAGUAAUGUCACCCAUACAUGUCCGGUGGAGGAUUCCCACGAUCUGCGUACAGUAAAAUCACCCGUAUGUGGUAAUGGUUCCCACGAUCUGCAUGUGGUAAUGCCUUGCAUGUCUGGUAAUUAUGCCCACGAGCAUACCGUGUAAUGGUACCUGUACAUGGUAAUAUCUCCUGCGAUCUACGUAUGUGGCAAUGCCCCCCUGUGAUCCACAUGUGGUAGUGCCUCCCACGAUACAUGCCUGGUAAUUAUUUUUUCCUUCUAAGCUGCUUCAGCUUGUGCAUUUGGAGAAAACUGUAUUAUUUUGACCAUCUGCCAUUCUGCCUCACUGCAGGAAUGCCAAGCACAACGACUCCCUUGCAGCCCUUCCCUCCCCCAUGCUCUUCUCCCCAGCCAAUAGCACCACAGGUUUUGUUUUAAUCCUAAGUUGACAGCUCUGCAUUUUUCACAGAAAAUGCCUUUACAGGCUGUCACACUUUCCACCUUUUUAAAAUAUGCCAUUUCUCCUCAGUCAGUUUUCUCAAAGAACCAAUCUGGUUAGUAAGGGCUGUCUUUGAGAUGCAAACGCAGGGCUGCAGGCAGGCUGAGGAGGUUCACACUUGGGGCUGUGCUGCUGCUGUUCCACUCUUGCUUUCAGUCACUCAAACACCCAGAGCUGCUCAAGCAGAAGCACAGGUUACACCUCACCUUGGAAGUGCAGCUGAGAGCCAGGGUGAGUCUUUAUCCUCAAGACAACAGCUGAGGGCUCAUCCUGCUUCCACACUAACUUAUGGCCAUGUCCCCAGCUAUCCUGCAAGGACAGGCUCACCUGUGCCUGAGGGACAGCUCAGCCAUGGGCAGCUUCAGCCAAGGCCCUGGCUGUGCUUUGGGGCAUUUUACACACGUUUGAGAUUUACCUGGGCUAGGAAGGUGAAGGGAGGAUUGAAGAGCUGUGGCCUGGCCAGGCACAGCUGAGAAUGGAGUCAGUAUUUGCACUGGAAGUAGGCCUGCACUGCAAAACAGAACCAUCUCUCAGCAGGUUCAGAGGGGGUGCCACCAGUGCCAGCCUCUGGAGAGGAUACAGAAGGUCCCUGUGCUAUCUCUGCCUGGCUGUUCCUCCCUUCUAGUGGUAAUAAUAACCUUGUGUUUACACUUUGGGAGAGAAUUGCAACAUGGUUUAAAAACAGUUUCCUGAGGGAGCUGAUGAAACACUGUUCCCCCUGGGAAAUGCCUUGGGACAGGUCCAGCAGUCAGGAGCAGGGCAGGGCGUGUCCCUCACAGCAGCUGCACCUGUGUUUGGUCAUAGUGUCUCAGUUAAUGACCAUGUGCUCACCUGUUCCCCCUCAGACAGCCUAGGCAGGCCUGGCUUCUGGGGAAUAACCCACAGGUGACUCCACUCAGCAACAAAGUGUAACCGCCCCCAAUACCCACAGCCCCCCAGGACCCUUCUCCGGUGGCGACCAUAAGCCACCAAUAACAAGGGUACCUGCUGUGUAGUGGAAGAAAUUUGUGAUUCUUUAGGAUUUUUCCAGAUGUUAAGGCACCUUCCAGGAAGAGUUCUGUGCCAGUCCUCACGCUGGGAAUGCUCGUUUCCAGUUCUCUGUAAUAGGCCAAAUACACAACAGCAGUUUAAUGACACAGAGCAGAAACCAGUUUUGUAUCACCCACACAGAACUAUUUUAUGUUGGAGCUUCAAGUAAGCAUGAUGGGAGCUUCCUGCCUCCAUCCCAUGGGGCAGUUGGAGCCCUGAAACUCAUCGGGGGCUGCAGGGGCUGUGCAGAGCAAAAGGGGAACUCAGUGCUCACCUGGACACUCACAGCCUCGUUGCUCCUCGCUUCUGGGAACUGGCAAAAAGAAAACCAUGAUUUCUCUGAGAAGCACAAUACGGCAGUUUUCCAGUUGCCUGGAGCAAAUUCCUCUUCCAGAGGUCAAGUUCACCUGAGUGAUCCCCCAAGAGAGGCUGGGAAGAGGCAAGGCAAGGGGCUGUGCUGUGCCACGUGGUUAUUCUGAGGACACAGGCUGUUUGGUCCUGACCUGGGUUUUUCCUGCCCACUCUGUUUUCCAGGUUGCCUCACCACAAGUGCAAGUGCUGACCUCACUGACACCAGUGGCGUCGAGCUGGCAGAGCCGCCCUUGCCCACACUGCCACGUGCCUAUAUGAGCAGGGUCUCCGGGAAGCUCUGCUGCUCUUCCAGGUGUCCACCUGAGGCCCUGGAGCACAGAGCUGCGGCUGGGGCAGCCCAUGGCACCUAAGCACAGAUCAGAAUGGGCAGUUCUGGGUGAACACGUCUUGAAGGGGCCGGGUGAGGGGUUUGCUCUGUGAAAUGGCCUUUCCUCAGUCUGGACAAACAUGGGUGGGCAUCUGAUGUCACCUGUGUCACCGUCACCACUGCACUGGCACCAGGUGAGCAAGGGCCCCAAGCCCCUGGGCACAGGUGCCACAGCCAGAGGUCAUGAACCAACACUGAAACCAGUUAUUUAAUGUACCCUUAGAGCAUUGCUUUAGUCAUUCCAGGCAGCACUUACCUGUGCACAAGGGAAUUUCUUCUAAAGAGAGGUUUUCCCAUGACUAGCCAGGUAGCAAAUGUUCCCUGCUGGAGCACAGAUGGAUGAGGGAGGAGCUCUCCAGUCAGUGCUGUCCCACUCAGGGAGUGCCUAGGCCUUUCUGUAGUAUGUGCGAUGGCUGUGCACUGGAAAUACUCUCUAGAGAAACAAAAAUAAGCAAAUCCCUUUUAGAAGCGCAAAAGCCACACUCCUGCCAUGACCCCUUCCUGGCACAGUGUGAAGAACUAAGUAACCCCCUCACCUUGUCUCAGCAGGCUGUGACCUGUCUCUAGCCAGAGGACAACACAGCUGAAAGCUUCUGAGGACUUACGGUGUUCUCCUGGCACCUGCUGUAGUGAGCAGAAUUUGUGUUGGCAGUAGCUGAUAUGUUUUGGUCUACACGUGUUGUAGGUUGAUGGGGUGAAAAUUUUUAUAGUUAAAUCCUGGUUAUUUUAAAGCAACAGAAGUCUGAGAUUCAGCAGCCACAGAGCCCUGUCCUGCUGCUGCUUGGUUGCUCCUGGGCACACACACAUGCAGAUGUCCCAACACAAUGGGAGUUGCUUCAUGUGAAGGGAUUGCAUUUUUUGGGAAAUGCCCUGUAAGUCGUCUGAGUGCCAGCACCUAGCCAGGGGCUAGCCUGUGCCUGUGGGGCACAUUCCAGCCAUAGCUAGUGAUGCCAAGGCAGAGGUGGCCCUUGGGUUCUGCCCUACACUCUGUGCCCAAGGGGCAGCAGCUCAGCCCCUGUGCCCAACAGGAACUCACCUGGUACAGCUGCAGGAAGGAGCCUCUGUCACUGAGGGCUUGGACAACCGGGUUGAUUUUCUGCCUCACAGUUCAGUUUUGCUUUCUAUUGAUUUUCUGUUAGUGAAGGAACCUAGGAAAUAAAACAUGUAUUUUAAUUUAUUUUACAUUCAGGCCUGGAUUCGCAAUGCCAUCUGGCACUUAGUUAUCCAGUAGCUGGUCUAAAACAACUUCAAAGGCGUCCUUCUGAGUAAAGAUCUCUCUCUCCUUAGAGCAAUAUGUACCUCUAAUUCAGGGAAGAAUUAAGACAUCAGUGAAAAUCGUUGUUUUCCUGAUGUCAAAAAACUAUUAAUUUGUAUAAACUCUACUGCCGUUUUGCAUCCUGAACUCGAUGACAAAGCCACACUGUUACUCUUCACAAAAUUAAUAAAUCUUUGCUCACAAUAAAAUUUCUCCCCAGAGCAAUAAAA